ACAAACACAACUCAUUAGCAACCAUAUAGUCAGACAUUAGUGGUCUCUUAACACAACUUAGACAAAUUGACUUGUGCUAAAAUCAAGUAAGAUGUUUAAAAACACCUUUCAAAGUGGAUUUUUGUCUGUUUUAUACAGCGUAGGCAGCAACCCUCUUCACCUAUGGGAUAUGAAGGUGAGGAAUGGCUGCAUCAGGAAGGUUCUUGACAAUGAUAUCAGGUCUUCAGCGUAUCAGAUUACGGGUUUAAACGUCAGCACCACCUAUAUAACAUCUCCUGCAGACCACAAGGAAACACUUGGAAUAACACUUCCUUUUUUGGUCAUCAUCAUUAAAAACCUUAAAAUGUUUUUCACCUUUGAAAUCCAGGUGUUGGAUGACAAUAAUGUUACACGACGGUUUCGAGCAAGUUCCUAUCGGACCACAACGCAAGUGAACCACUUUCACUGCACCAUGCCAAUGAAUCUCAAUGAAGGCUGGAACCAAAUUCAGUUCAACCUGUCAGACUUCACUAGGAGGGCCUAUGGAACCAAUUAUAAGAAGACCCAGCGUAUACAGAUUCAUGCAAACUGCUGUAUUAGGAGGGUGUACUUCACUGACAGAAUGUACUCUCAGGAUGAGCUUCCAGCAGAGUUUAAACUCUUUGUGCCUGUUUCAAGCUAAAUAGCCAAGAGUUAGAGCAUCCUGAUGGACCAGAUGUUACAUUUAGCUCUAAUGUCAAAUAAACGGGGAGUAUUGUGCUGCAUUUUGUCUAGUAAAGU